AUGACCGGCCAAAGCGCAAACCCAGACGCAGACGCCCACGAACAAGAAAUUGCUGCCCCAGCAGCGAUCGUCGAAACCGUCGCCAAUCCUGAAGCGCCAGCGCCCGCGCCUGUUCCUGCGCAGACUCCGACUCCUCCCCAGCCCAUCGAAAUCGACACCGACGAAGCAAACAGCGAUGACCGCGAUUCCGCCCUCGACUCAGACGAGAACUCGACGACGAGCGCCUCUCUCUCCUCGUCGAUCCUAGACUACCAGUAUGCGAACGGCCGAAGAUAUCACGCCUACAAGAAGGGCGCUUAUCUGCUUCCGAACGACGAAGAAGAGCAAGACCGCUUAGAUCUCCUCCACCAUGUAUUCCUGCUUAUUCUCAACGGCCGUCUGUUCACCUCGCCAAUAUCUAAUCCGCAGCGUGUGCUGGAUGUCGGAACAGGCACCGGCCUCUGGGCGAUGGACACGGCCGACGAAUUCCCCUCAGCACAGGUCAUCGGCACAGACCUGAGUCCCAUCCAGCCCGGAUGGGUGCCGCCAAAUGUGCAGUUUUAUAUCGACGAUGUCGAGAACGAGUGGAUGUACGACGAGGAUGACGCUUUUGAUUUGGUGCACACUCGUGUCAUGGGCGGUAGCAUCGGCGACUGGGACAAGUUUGUGCGUCAAGCGUACACGCACCUGAAGCCCGGUGGUUGGGUGGAGCUACAGGAGCCUGAGUCAUGGUUUGCCUCAGAAGAUGAUUCCAUAAAUAGGGUGCCAUUUACACAUCAAUUUCAAGAAAAAUGUGUCCAGGCCGCACAGAAAUUCGGCAAGGAGAUCAACCUAGCUCAUACACAUAAACAACGCCUGCUUGACGCUGGCUUUGUCGAUGUACGGGACGAAAUUAUUAAGGUUCCCACCGGGGUCUGGCCCAAGGACCCCAGACUGAAGGAAAUCGGCCGGUACUGGCGAGAGCACAUGAUCAGUGGCGUCGAAGUAUACACGCUAGGAUUUAUCGGGCAGAUUCUUGGCUGGAGUGAGAUUGAAUGUCGCGUGCUGGCGGCCAAAGUCACUGAAGAGCUGCGAGACCGCAAGAACCACUUGUAUAUCCCCUUGCACAUUACAUGCGGACGCAAGCCGUCAUGA